UUGCGAAAGCUCUGUGGACUGCGAAGUUUCGUCAUUUUAUCUUCGACUGACUCAAUGAGCUAUAAAAGAUUUAAAGUUUUUAAAAAAUUGUGGGUACAAGAAACAAUAAAACGUUUCACAAAAUUUUAAUAUAAACACUGUUUGUGCUUUUCAAAUCUUCUUAAAAAUUUGCUUUGAAAAAACUGUAUGAUCAUAUGAACGGAUUUUCUAUCAACUGAUAAAUAAUCUUACAUGGCAUUUUGAAUUCUUUUAUUGAAUUCUGAGGAUGAAAUAUCCAUUGAAAUCUUUAAAGUCACUUCAAUCAUAUUUCUUUAUUCUGGCACUAUUCAUGAGAAUCAAAGCUGAUGAAACUACACAAGAUCAAAACACGGUAUGUGGUCAAUAUGGAUUCAAUUGUUUAAAUGACAAAACUUUGAAAUUUUGUCCGAUUGUCGUCGAUGGUGUUACAGACAUAGCUCAAUAUUUGGAAUGUGACGAUAACUAUGAAUGUGACGAAGAUAAUCCGUCUUUUUGCACACCCAAAGAAGAACCUAAUAAGAUCCUGCAAGAUAAAGGAAGAUCUGGCUUAGUGAAUGAUGAUAGAUUAAUGAACAGUAUUGGUGCCGAUAAAUAUUAUGACGGUGCCAAUACAUAUUACAGACAAUCUCGUGAUCUUGAUAAUAUUGCAAGUUUAGAGGGCUCAUUAAUGUUUUUCCUAGAUGACACAAGCACAACAGAUUCAAGUGACGAAUAUGAUUUCACAACUAUUGAUUUUACACCAGCAUCACCAUUUGAUUGUUCUGCUUAUGGAUUCUUUCCUGAUAGUGAAAACUCAAGCCUAUUUUGGCACUGCGACGUUCCAUUAAAUGGAGUUGGUUUCCUAUUGCGACACAUGAAGUGUGGUCAUGAUAGAUAUUUCGACAAAUACCUUAGAAGUUGCAUCCAAGAGGGUACAAUUCGACGACAAAAACGAAAAUAUAAUCCAGAAAAUAAUGGGAUUGCGAUUUUUACAAAAAAAAUCAAAUCAAGCAGCGAUUGUAAGAAUUUAAAACCCGGAAAAUAUGCUGACGCAUUUGAUUGCCAUGUAUAUCAUUUGUGUUCACCGAAGGAGCUUUCGCCAAUAACGCAACUUUCAUUUGUAUGUCCUCGUGGAACAGCCUAUGAUUGCCUAAGUCAAACAUGCACCAUAGCCGCCUUCAAACGCUGCGAAGUCAAAAACCAUAUUCAUCCUUCGUUACCGUUGUCCUCUAUUAGUAGCAACAUUAAUUGCACCUCACCAAUGCGUUUUCGAAGCAUCGACAAUUGCCGCAGCUAUUUUGUGUGCUUCAUGGAUAAUGUCAUCGAAAUUAAGUGCCCGAAAUUUUAUAAGUUCGAUGACAACUCUAUGGAAUGUCUCCCUGAAAAGCUAGCCAAUUGCAUUGAAUUUCCAGUGUGA